GAUGGGCGUGGUCUCGCUGGACGAGGUGGGCGUGGCUCCUUGGGCGAGGCGGGCGGGGCCAAAGCCUCGGAGCAUUUUCGCAGCCUGCAUUGUCCCUAGGGGCUGGGAACGGAGCACUUUGGAGUCUGCUCUCAUCCCGCGGUAUCUCGAAAUGACACUUGAGUCCUUCACCUUUUUGUUUUCUUUUUGGCUCGGGACUCAGUGGAGAUUUCCUUCCAGUUUUACUGCAUGACAGCUGUAAUGCUGCCGAUAUCCAGAGACGCCUGAUGAGACUUCGGAGCUCAGGUUGGACUGGUCCGGUACUGAAAGGGCGGGAAGCAUCUGAUAAUAUGAACUUUCCAAAUGAGAAUCCGUGGGACGAGGCCAUCUGCAGCUCAGCAGUCUGUCAGCAUCCACAAUGCUGGGCAUCUCUCCGACGGAUUGAGAGGGGCCACCCUAGGAUCCUGGACUCAUCCAGCAGAUUUUCCCGGGAAACUGAAGACAAACUCCCGACACUCACCAUUGUAAAUAUCACGGAUACCUGCUUGUGGACCGAGAAGAGUGUGGUUCAGCGACAGCCAUCAGAAUUUGCCUUCCCUAAGGAGCGGUCUUUAUUGUCGAAACCAGCCUCCAGGCGUCAUGGCAGGUCUCGGAAGGCUUUGCUUGACAAAGGUGUGACCAGCCAUUCUAAACCUCCCAAACUGUCAGUGUUGAAUCUGAACGAGGCGAAACUCCCUUUCUCUGAAGGUGUCAGAAACAUGGUGGUCACCUGGGUUCCAGAAGAAGCAGAGAAGCACGUGAGUUCAGUUGGAAAGACGUCUGCUUUUUCCAGAUGGCCUGGGAAGAAGAAGAGAAAGAAACUGGAAGAGCAUAUUGGAAACCCAACAAUGGAGAAACUGGGUGUCCUUCAUGGAGGAGAAGGUGGAAAAGUUGAAAAAACCAAGCCACCUCUGUACUUCUCUGAAAGACAGUAUGCAGUGGCACACUCAAGAAGCCCAGGGGUGAUCGUGCCCCCUCCCUCCCCAGUGCACUUAUUUGAGCAAUUAAGUUCUGAAGCCAUACCUUUAUGGGCCCAAGUGGACAUGCUUCCCCAGGAUCUCUUGAAGGAGUGCAUUUUGGCACAUGAGAAAACCAUGCCUUGUCCUGAGGUGAAGAUAGAGUUGGCCAGGAUGAGGCAGAGUCUUCCCCUGGAAAAGACCCGCCCUGACAGCGCUCUCUCUACUAAGAUGUACCUAACUGUACACCGCCUCACCCUGCAAAGACCAUCGUUGCGGUACCCUGAACAUCUGAGGAAGCUGCAGUACGACCUGAAGACAGGCCAAGGAUCUUCUGGGGCUGAGUCUUCAGGUGUCAGAAGGCAGCAGAAGCAGCAGCAGAGGAAGGUGAAAACCUCUACUAAGAAACAGGAGGCUGAGAAGAAAGCCAAGAGCGCUAGUGAUGUGCAGGACCAGUGCAGUCACAAGGUCCUAUCAGGACAGGAAAGUCAGCCAAAGCAGGAGGAGCAGGAGGAGAAGGAGAAGAAGGAGAAGGAGAAGGAGAAAGCCACCAUGAAAUGUGUUUCUACAGACAACUCGGUCCCAUAUGACUUCGACAACUACUACACAGAAUACUACACAGAGAGUUCUGAAACAUAUGAGUCAAUUUACAAGGACAUGAGUGACAUGGACGAGAAGAUGCUGGGAAUGUCUUCCAGCCAAAGCAGUAGCCCCAGGAGUAUGUCCAGAAGUAUGAACGCAACUGGCUGGAACCCUGAGCUCAAACUGCUGAGGAUUCUUCAGGCCAGUAUUGAGGACGAUGAGGAGAACCAUCUUUCCAGGGCACAGAGUGAGGUGUCUCUGGAUGCUUAGGCUGGAGACAUCACACGGGGCAGCUGUAGCCAGCGCAGAUCUUGGUAUUUGGAGGACAAUGACCUUGGAUGUUGGAUAGAGAAGAGAGACUUUUGUUCUCUGGGUCCCUCCAGCGGGACCAGGGUUAGAGACCCGCUUUUCGUUUGCUUCUUACCUCUAAAAUGAGUGAGAAAAAGCCCCAAUCCCACCAAAUACAGGAAAGUUUCCCAGGGCAGAGUAUUUCCACGAUUAAACACAGUCCCUUCUAACAGGA